AUUUCAUAGUGGGAAGGCAAGGUAAAGGGGGAGAGAGCGAUAAAGGCUCCAUUUCAAUCGCAGAUCUUCUUCCUCACGCAAGAUCAACUCCAUAGCUCUUCCCUCUGCUUCUGCCUCUUUAAGGAUCGCCCGACAAACGCAAAGGCCAAUUUCUCCAUAAUCCCCCGCUUUUAAGGGAGUGUCUUCCUCGAUCUUCUCGUGUUAGUGGGCGCCCACACCGUGAUUUCACCCCGAUAUCCACCGGUGCCGAGCUGGUUUGCGGCGAUUGGAAAGAGGGUGCUCUGAUUUGGGCAUGGAAGCGUAAAUGGGUUCCGGAAAAGGAGCAACUUCCUCUUCUUCUCCUCGGCAGAUGGACGCUUCCAUCUCAGGCGAGUUCUCAGGACUCCGCCAGAGGCACCGACAAGAUCUUGAACAUUUGACCCUAACUACACAACCUGUCAAAACGUUGAAGUUCUUCACUCUUGCUGUUGUUCAAUAUCUUAAGCGAGUAAUAUCUUAUCUUCUAGCAAAAGGUGGCUACCUUUUGUUAUUAAGCAUUGGGACAGUAGCUGUUGGAAUCUUGCUUGUAACUUUAGAUGGCCCCCAUGAAAAGCAUGUUGAGGAGAUCUCCAAUUAUGUUCGGUAUGGAAUUUGGUGGAUAGCCCUUGGAGUUGCAUCGUCAAUUGGUCUUGGAUCGGGCUUGCACACUUUUGUCCUUUAUUUGGGCCCCCAUAUUGCAUUCUUCACUAUCAAAGCAAUGCAGUGCGGUAGGGUGGAUUUGAAAAAUGCUCCAUAUGAUACAAUACAAUUGAAAAGAGGUCCAUCGUGGCUCGGCAAGGAGUGCUCUGAGUUUGGGCCACCAUUGUUUGAGCUAGUGGAUGGGCUUAGGGUCCCCCUGAGCAGCAUUCUGCCCCAGGUCCAGAUCGAGGCUGUUCUAUGGGGACUUGGCACUGCCCUUGGGGAGCUUCCACCAUAUUUUAUUUCUAGGGCAGCGAGGUUAUCUGGAGGUAGAUUGGACAUGGAAGAACUGGAUGGUUCAUCUGGUGAAGAUGGUGGAGCUGUAGCUCAUUACCUCAGGGAAAUUAAGCGCUGGCUCCUGACACAUUCUCAGCAUAUGAACUUCUUUACCAUAUUAGUGCUUGCCUCGGUGCCAAACCCUCUCUUUGACCUCGCUGGCAUCAUGUGUGGUCAAUUUGGGAUCCCGUUCUGGAAGUUCUUCCUUGCUACUUUGAUUGGGAAAGCAAUAAUUAAGACUCACAUACAGACGGUCUUCAUCAUUUCCGUUUGCAAUAACCAACUGCUGAAUUGGAUGGAGAACGAGUUGAUUUGGAUGCUAAGCUCUAUCCCAGGACUUGCUUCUGUAUUGCCCCCGCUCAUGACCAAACUCCAUGCUGUCAGGGAUAAGUAUCUCACAGCAUCUCCUACAGUUCCUUCGAAUAUCAAGGUGAAGAAAUGGGACUUUUCUUUUGCAUCGAUAUGGAACUCAAUUGUAUGGCUCGUGCUCGUCAACUUCUUCAUCAAGAUUGUGACCUCCACUGCACAAACAUAUCUCAAGAAACAGCAGGAGAAAGAGCUUGAUGCCUUGACUAACAAACUUUCUUCUUCAGUAAAUACGAACUGAAUCCUCUACUCAAGUUUCUUGGUAAGGGUGACGACUCUAGACAUAUCCUUUUAUCAGUUUCUUUUCUCUUCCGCUACGAGGAGUCAAUACGAAAUUGGAAUAGUGAUUGGCUCCGUUGACAAGACAAGAAAUUGUCCCCCAGAAAGUACGUUUGUGGGUCCGAGACAUUUUAGGAGAUUGUAUAGAAGUAGGAGGGAACGUAUCAUAUGUUCCAGCAGGAGAUGUUGCAGGUUUUACUCGGAUCCCGCUUAGUGUUUUGGGGGAAAUCAUUGUUUUCGGGCAGUUCUUUGCCCGCAUUAAGGAUCAACAGGAUAUCUGGAAUCUCAUUAUUCUUUGGAAAUUCAAAGACAGAACCCUAUCUGCUUUUUGUCCU